AUGUCUACUACAAAAACAAGUAUUACAAGAAUAUCAGCAUCGUCGGAGACUGCCGAAAACGAAAUACUUGAAUGUCUUCGACGCGAUGGCGUUGCGAUUGUUACUGGAAUGUAUUCAAGAAACCAUGUUGAACAAGUGAAACAAGAUCUUGCGCCUCAUUUUAACUCGGAUGUUGUCGAUCAAUCUUGUUUCUUUCCUUCGACAACACAACGAGCUACUGGUUUUUUUGCCAUUUCACGUCCUUGUAUUGAUUUAGCCAUGCAUCCUUUGCUUCUGGCUGUGGCAAAUCGACUACUCACAUCGACGUACACUUUUUAUCUUGGUUCACAAAAGAAAACUGUUAGUUCAAAACCGAUUAUUUCAUCUACUGUGGGCUUUCGUGUCAACCCUGGCGGCAAACAACAAGCACUUCAUCGUGAUGAUGCUGAUUUUCAUACGCGACCAUGUGAUUGGCCAAUGAUGAUUGGUUGUGUAGUUGCCUUAACACGUACUCACAAAGAUAAUGGUGCAACAAUUGUGAUUCCUGGUUCACAUCUAUGGGAAGAUGUAAAUCGCAUACCAUUGGUAGAGGAAGCUGUGCCUGCUGAAAUAGAACCCGGUGAUGCAACCAUUUUUGUAGGAAAUGUUUAUCAUGCUGGAGGAGGAAAUAUUACUCAAGAUGAGCGACGCGAAACAGCGGGCAUAUUUAUAGCCAAAGGAUUUUAUCGGCAAGCCGAAAAUCAAUACUUAAUGGUACCACCCGAACGAUGCAAAGAACUUCAAUUGAGUCCAGCAGAGUUGCGUGUCCUUGGCUACGGAAUCUCACGACCAUCAUGUGGGUUUUUCAAAUAUAAAGAUCCGAUGGAAUCUAUUUUUGGAAUAACAGAUGAGGAGACUGUUGAGCUGUAG